AUGACCACCCAAGCACAGGCCUCAGGAUACCUGCUGCCACUGCUGUUGCUGCUGCCCACCCUGCCAGCCACAGGCUCAGACCCUGUACUCUGCUUCACUGAGUAUGAGGAAUCCUCGGGCAAGUGCAAGCACCUCCUGGGGGGAGGUGUCAGUGCUGAAGACUGCUGUCUCAAUGCUGCCUAUGCCUUCCAGGAGCCAGGCAGUAGGCUCUGUCAGGCAUGCAGAUCCUCACGAUGGUCACCGUGGUCUGAAUGGGCCCCCUGCUCGGUGACCUGCUCUGAGGGCUCCCAGCUGCGGUACCGACGCUGUAUAGGCCAGGGCAGGCAGUGCUCUGAGAAGGUGGAGCCUGGGACUCUUGAGUGGCAGUUGCAGGCCUGUCAGGACAUGCCAUGCUGUCCUGAGAUGGGUGGCUGGUCUGACUGGGGGCCCUGGAAGCCCUGCUCUGUCACCUGCUCCAAAGGCACCCGGACCCGGCAACGAGAAUGUAACCGCCCUGCCCCCAAGUGUGGGGGCCACUGUCCAGGAGAAGCACAGGAAUCAGAAGCCUGUGACACCCAGCAGGUCUGCCCCAUACAUGGGGCCUGGGCCAAAUGGGGCCCCUGGGGUUCCUGCUCGAGCUCCUGCCACGGUGGACCCCAAGUGCCUAUGGAGAGACGAAGCCGCACCUGUUCUGCGCCUGGGCCCUCCACAAAGCCUCCUGGGAAGCCCUGCACAGGGCCAGCCUAUGAGCAGCGAAGCUGUUCUGGCCUGCCACCUUGUCCAGUGGCUGGGGGCUGGGGACCAUGGGGCCCUAUCAGCCCAUGCCCUGUGACCUGUGGCCUGGGCCAGAUCCUGGAACGGCGGACAUGCAAUAACCCUCUGCCCCAGCAUGGAGGUCCUGUUUGUGCUGGUGACUCCACGCGGACCCACAUCUGCAAUACGGCUGUGCCCUGCCCUGUGGAUGGAGAGUGGGAGUCCUGGGGGGAGUGGAGCCCCUGCACCCGCAGGAACAUAAAGACUAUCAGCUGUCAGGAAAUCCCAGGGCAGCAGACACGCUCCAGGGACUGCAAUGGCCGCAAGUUUGAUGGACAGCGGUGUGCUGGGAAACAACAGGAAAUCCGGCACUGCUACAAUGUCCAUCGCUGUCGUUGGGAAGGCUCAUGGUCAGAGUGGAGUAACUGGGGUCUGUGCUUGCCUCCUUGUGGACCCACCCCCACUCGUGCCCGCCAGCGCCUCUGCACAGCUCCAUUCCCCAAUUUCUCGCCCACCGUUUCCACAGUUGAAGGUCAGGGCGAGAAGAAUGUGACCUUCUGGGGGACAAUGUGGCCGCAGUGCAAGGAGCUGCAGGGCCAGAAGCUGGUGGUGGAGGAAAAGCGGCCAUGUCUACACGUACCUGCCUGCGUAGACCCUGAGAAAGAGAAGCCCUAA